GGAGCGGGGCCGUAUAUCCAAAUUCCAGAGGAUUCAUGAGCUUCACUCUCGUCCGCUUCAUCCACACUAGCAUUAGCAGAAACCAUGGUUUUCCCAUUAUGUCCCCCAAGAAGAGAUUAUUUACCACAGCUGCAACCUCCACGUCUCAAAAGUCAAGUGAAGAGCGGUUGGUGGUGGUUGGGGGUGGAGCUGCUGGAGUGUAUGGAGCAAUCAGGGCCAAGACUGUAGCUCCCAAUCUCGACGUGGUGAUAAUUGAAAAGGGAAAGCCGCUCUCAAAGGUGAAAAUUUCCGGAGGAGGGCGAUGCAAUGUGACAAAUGGGCAUUGUCUGGACAAAAUGAUUUUGGCAGAGCAUUAUCCUAGGGGUAAUAAGGAAUUCAGGGGGUCUUUCUUCAGCAUGCAUGGCCCAGUGGAUACAAUGUCAUGGUUUUCUGAUCAUGGUGUGAACCUAAAGACUGAGGAUGAUGGGCGGGUAUUUCCUGUCAGCAACAGUUCGUCUUCUGUAAUUGAGUGCCUCAUGUCUGAGAUGAAGAAGAGGAGAGUUUUGCUGCAGACUGGAAAAGUUGUGACAACUGUGUCAACUACUGUUGGUGGGAAAUUCCUUCUCAAGAUUGAGAAGCGUACUAUCAAUUCAGUUGAAUAUCUUGAAGCUGAUUACCUAUUAAUUGCUAGUGGGAGUAGCCGGCAGGGUUAUGCCCUAGCCACACAGCUUGGUCAUUCAAUUAUAGAUCCAGUACCAAGUCUGUUCACUUUCAAGAUUGAGGAUCCGCAUUUGGCAGAAUUAUCUGGGGUUACAUUCCAUAAGGUUAAGGCAAACUUGAAACUAGAUAAUGUUCAGAAGAAUAAACCACAGCUUUCUCAGGUUGGACCUAUGUUAGUCACUCACUGGGGAUUCAGUGGGCCAGUAAUUCUUCGAUUAUCUGCUUGGGGGGCCCGUGAUCUAUUCAAUUCAGGUUACAGAGGGAUACUUCUUGUGGAUUUUACACCUGAUCUCCAUAUAGAAGAUGUGAAAACCAUCCUUAUUCAACACAAGGACCACUUUGCGAAGCAAAAGGUGCUGAAUUCUUGUCCCUCAAAAUUUGGCCUUGUGAAGAGAUUUUGGAAAUAUAUAUUAGAUCGUGAGGGGUUAGAUGGAAAUAUCUUGUGGGCUUCCGUUUCAAAUAACUCAUUAUAUUCUGUUGCUUCUCUUUUAAAGCACUGUUCAUUUGGAGUGACAGGGAAGGGCAUAUUUAAGGAUGAAUUUGUCACUGCCGGUGGUGUUCCAUUGUCUGAGAUCUCGCUAAACACAAUGGAGAGCAGGAUACAGUCGCAUCUAUUCUUUGCAGGAGAGGUGUUGAAUGUUGAUGGGGUAACCGGUGGUUUCAAUUUCCAGAAUGCUUGGACAGGCGGAUACAUUGCAGGCACAAGUAUAGGUAAACUCGCACUGGAUGCUACCCUGGAGGAAGUCAUAUGAUAUAUCCAUUGUUAGACAUCCUGAGCUUUUACUCUUGAGUUUUUGUGUAUGAACUGCUAUCUAUUGUAAGAUACUAGCAAAAUUUUGUUGGUGGGAUCUAUAAGCAUUCCUUGUAAAUCAAUAAAUUCCUUUCAAUUUUGAUGUUUCAUUUUCUUU